AUGUCUGUCAGGGUCGAAGAGACGGUCGAUAAUCAAUCGCUGAACUUGAAGCAGAUGUGCAUUAAUUGCUUUAAAGGUCCAAAUUCACUAAAGACAAUAGUUACCUUGAUCUGUGUGGUGCUCGUCGUACAACAGAUUACAGUGUGCAGUCAAAAAUUACUUGAUCGUCCUAUAACAACGUACACGCAUUUUGAUUUUAAUCAGACAAUCACAUACCCAAGCGUCACCUUCUGCAGAGAGCCGCCUUACAAACACGAUAAGUUAUCUGACUAUGGACUCUACGCUCAUCCAAGACUCACAUCAACUUGGAGGAACUUCAAUUUUUCAAGCAUAUCUCUCGAUGAGCUAUGGGAGGAAAUAACAUAUGAUGCUGACGAUUUCUUCGUGCAGUACGGAUUGGAUACACAAAGAGACAAUGUUAAAUUGACUCCAGUAAUGGGCUUCAUAACUGGGCGUUGUUACACUAUUUCGCCAAAGGUGUUAGACAUUAAAGCCAGCACGAAUCCAAGCAGUGGCUACUCGAUAACCUUGCAGCAUUUCCCUUCAGAUCUGGAGGAUCCAAUCAGUAUCCUCCCACCAGGAUAUCACGUGCACGUCCACUAUGUCAGAGAACCAUAUACAGAAGUAGAAGUAUACAACGGAGGCUUGGUCGAUUAUUUAUACGUAAACACGGGAGAGAAGGUAGACGUGAAGCUGAAGGUGGAUGAGUACAUUAUGAUCAGCGAGGUCCAGGAUCCAUGCUCCAAUGAAAAUAAUUACAGCGCUAAUGCGUGUACAACGCAGUACGUGACUGAUGCAGUAACAGAAAGUGUGGGUUGCUCUGGACCGUGGAUGAAAAGCGAUCUACCGUAUUGUAACAAUUUUAAUGACAUGAGGAAUCUCAUUUCUUCUUAUGUUAGUACGUACCAAAACCACGAAUGCGAAUCUUGUCCUCGUUUCUGCCGGGCAUAUCUUUACAAUGCCUAUGUGACCGACAGACAGAAGUACUAUACAUGGAAACCACAAAAUUUCGAAUUAAAGAGUGGUGCUGAAAAAUCGGCUUUGCAGACACAGAUUUACAUCCAUUUCAACAAUAUGAUGGUAUCCGUGUAUGAGGAGAGAUUCAACUACGAUUGGAACUUAUUCCUAUCAGAUCUCGGCGGUAGUAUUGGUUUUCUUCUGGGUCUGUCGGUUAUCGGGCUGAUUGAAAUCAUCGGUAAUAUAUGGAUAAAUCUGAUACGUCCUUCUAUUGUCAAGAGGAGAAGGAAGAAGGAUACCAGUGCGCCAACGUUUCAAGCCAAUAUAGCCACUAUUACGAAUGACCAAGAACUUAAAGUAGAUCAAUGGAGACAUUAGGAUGU